UCACAUUUUGUGCGAAAUCGAACCGAUAUCGUCGCGUGCGUGAAUCUGCUCCUCAAAUUAUUUCAUCUCGGUACUUUUUUUGCCGCAAUUUUACGAGAUAAUCCUCGUUCCCAGGUAGAACAUCCACUUCCCCCAUUGUGCCACGUUCCACCCGCCCGGAGUUUAUUGCACAAGACCCGUUUUAUGCACUGCUGCCGCCGUGCCAUCGCCAGCGGCUGCUCCCAGUUCUUCCCGGCAGUGAGUCGCGUUCGGUUUGCCUCCGGAGUGUCCCCACUUGGCAGAAGACCAACAGUGCCAGCAGCAACCAGUGAAGCAGCUAUGAAGUAUAUCCUCGUCACCGGCGGAGUCAUCAGUGGCGUCGGCAAGGGCGUCAUCGCGAGCUCGUUCGGCACGCUGCUGCACGCAUGUGGCAUCAACGUUACCUCGAUCAAGAUCGAUCCGUACAUUAACAUUGACGCGGGGACAUUUUCCCCGUACGAGCAUGGUGAGGUGUACGUUUUGGACGAUGGCGGCGAGGUCGAUCUGGAUCUGGGAAACUACGAGCGCUUUUUGGAUAUUACGCUGCACCGGGACAACAACAUUACGACUGGGAAGGUGUACAAGCAGGUCAUCGAGCGGGAACGCAUCGGCGACUAUUUGGGCAAGACCGUGCAGGUUGUGCCCCACAUUACGGACGCCAUCCAGGAGUGGGUCGAGCGCGUGGCCAAGUCACCGGUGAAGGGAGACGUAACGCCGGAAGUUUGCGUUGUGGAGCUGGGCGGAACCAUCGGUGACAUCGAGGGAAUGCCCUUCGUUGAGGCGUUCCGUCAGUUUCAGUUCCGCGUGAAGCGCGAGAACUUUUGCGUUGCGCACGUGUCGCUGGUUCCGUCGCCGAGGUCCACCGGCGAACCCAAAACCAAGCCGACCCAGGCCAGCGUGCGUGAGUUGCGUGGUUUGGGACUGAGUCCGGACCUGAUCGUGUGCCGGUCGGAGAAACCAAUCGGCAACGAGGUAAAGGACAAGAUCAGCAACUUUUGCCACGUUGCGCCCGAGCAGGUCAUCUGCAUUCACGACCUGUCGUCGAUCUACCACGUCCCUCUUCUAAUGGACGAGGCGGGCGUGAUUGACUUCUUGAGCGAGCGGCUGCAGCUGAAUCUGCCGGUGCGCCCAGCCCGGUUCAUGCAAAGCUGGCGCGACCUGGCGGAACGCGUCGACAACGUGUACAAGAAGGUCAACAUUGCGCUGGUGGGAAAGUACACCAAGCUGGAGGAUUCGUACGCGUCCGUGUCCAAGUCGCUGCUGCACGCCUCCCUUGCCGUGGGCUACAAACUGAAUCUGAAGUUCAUCGAGGCUUGCCACCUGGAGCGACAAACCAAGCAGGAAACUCCCCAUCUGUACUACGAAGCCUGGCAGAGUCUCACUAACAGUCACGGCGUCAUCGUUCCGGGCGGCUUCGGCUCGCGAGGCAUCGAGGGCAAGAUUCGCGCCUGCCAGUGGAGCCGCGAGAACAAAAAGCCCUUCCUGGGAAUCUGCUUGGGCUUGCAGGCGGCCGUCAUCGAGUUUGCGAGGAAUGUGUUGAACUUUGAGAACGCAAACUCCACCGAGGUGGACCCACACACAGCCUACCCGAUGGUGAUCGACAUGCCGGAGCACCACCCCGGCCAUAUGGGUGGAACGAUGCGGCUCGGCAAGCGAACCACGAUCUUCAAGGACGAGAAGAGUAAAAUCAGACAACUUUACAACAACGUCAGCCAGAUCGAGGAGCGCCACCGCCAUCGCUACGAGGUCAACCCGGACUUUGUGGCUCAGCUCGAAACGCGCGGCCUCAAGUUCGUCGGCCACGACUCCGAAAAGACCCGCAUGGAGAUCAUCGAACUUGAGGGCCACCCGUACUACGUCGCCACCCAGUUCCACCCGGAAUACCUUUCGCGUCCCCUCAAACCAUCCCCACCCUUCCUCGGCCUCAUCCUCGCUUCGAUCGGCAAGCUGGACACGUACCUGCAGCAGGGCAACAAGCUGUCCUCGGCCAGUUCGGCCCACGUCACCAGCGAAAGCUCCAGCGACGAUGACGCCGCCCUCUUCUCCACCAACAGUCUGCUCAAGAAGAUGCAGCUCAACGGCAAACCGAAGGCGGGUUCACCCCUGGCCACGAUAGGCGAUGGGGCCGAGGGCAGCGCCGGAACUAGCACCAAGUGCAACGGAACGCACGUGGCCGAUUGUGCGCACGAAAGCAAGUAAACGCGGAGAGAGAGAGAAUGUGUGAUAAGAAGCUAUUGGAACGCGUCGAAUAGUAAGAUGUGUGUGUUUUUUUUUAAGUAGGUUUGAGAUAAGAUCUCGAGACAAACUCUUCCAUAGUAGAGUGAGCCGCGGGUGCCGGAGCAGAUUGAGCUAGAAUUAGCACCAGGGCCGUAAACUAUCCCGCGAAAUGGACUUACGAUAAAUAACAAACAAUUGUAAUAAGGUGUAAGAUGUUUACUAGAAUUGUUGUGAACAACUUAGUUUAAGAGGCAAAAUCUGUUCACUGUCUGGUGAUUUUGUUCCAGGUUUGAUUUAAAACAAGACAACUCGACUAAAUUAAUCGUGAAUUUUCUC